CCCAGGUGGUACCGGCGGCACCAAGAUGGCGGCGGGGCGGGGCCUGGCUCUCGCGAGAGGGAGGCGGAUCCGCGGGCAGUGCCCUUGCGGUGCCAUGGCUGGGUACUGGGACGGGCCCGAGGGAGAGGACUGUCCGCGAAGGACGUGGCUGACCACGCGUGUGGGAGCCGCCGCGGGGCUGGUCGGCGCGGCCUAUCGCAUCAUCCUGCUCCAGCCCAACUCCGCCGUCACCGCCUUGCAGAUGGCAGCCUCGGACAGCAUCACCAUGGCUACACUAGGAGCUGUCUUUGGGGCAACAACUUGCCUCAGUGCCCAAAUCCAAGAGAAACCAGAUGAUCCCUUGAACUAUUUCAUAGGAGGCUGUGCAACAGGAGCUGUCUUAGGUGCAAGAGCUCGCAGUUACAUGACUGGCACCACUGCAUGUUUGGGGUUUGGAAUUACUGCUGCUCUGAUGAAGAUAGGUAACCAGGAGGGCUGGAGGCUGGCAGGACCUCCCAAACUCUGAAUGUCUCCUUUCCUCCCUGCCAGCUGCCUGCUGAAUGCUCUGUGUGGUAAAAUCUUGUGUAAUAAAGAUACUGUCAGCUCAGCAGCUGACAGAAAAUUUG